AGCAGACUCAUGGCGUAGCUGAGCAGGCCGCGCAGGCUGCACAAGGCAUGGGCCCUGACUUCACCGGUGGCAGUGGGCGCGGUCCCUUAAACUCGCUCGCCAAUGAUAUGUCGCAGAAGACAGACGUCGCCGCUCAGCAAGGCCAGAAGGACGUUGAGCACGCCAGGGCUGCUGGUGCUACUUAUGUCGACCAGGCCAAGGCGGCAGCUGGUGGUGUCUACAACUCUGCUCAGAACUUCGUUCAAAGCGGACAGCCUAAAGGCACUAACACCGGUGCCACCUCUUCGUCAGGUGGCAGCGACACCUUCGCCGCUCUGCAGGCCACCGCCGCCUCCGCGCUCGGCACGACCCAGCAAUACCUCGCCUCCGCACAGGCCGUCGUCCAGCCGCACGUCGAGACCGCGCGCCAGACGAUCGCACCACAUGUCGCGACCGCGCAGGCAACCGCUCAACCAUACCUCGACCGCGCAAAGGAGACCGCUCAGGGCUACCUCGGCAUGGGUGGCGCUGGAGGCGCCGAGCCUGAGGGCCGACCCACCACAAGCCAGCCGCUUGAGGGCACCACGCCUGGCGACGCGGUCCCAAUGACAACGACCGUCGAGGGUGUUGAUCCGAGAGCAAAGCCUCCUACCACUGUAGCAUAAAAGGACAGAACCAAACGGACAGACGAUUGCGGAGUAUUCGCUAUAUUGACCAAUCCUCACUGUUUGUAUAAUGUUGCGAAUAAUGUACUUAGACGGAC